AAAUUUAACCUUCAAUCAGGAAUUCAUAGGGGUGCUUACAUUGACAUGUCAGAAUCAAGAAGUUGUGCUCAUGAUGGUGAGGUGGUUGUAGUUGCUUGUGACUCAACAAAUACUCUAAUGAUAAAUGCAGGAUAUCAAGGAGAUCUAAAGGUUUGGGAUUUCAAAGAAAGAGGUCUUAAAUCCAGAUGGGAGAUUGGUUGUUCUGUUGUUAAGAUUGUCUACCAUCCUUAUAAUGGUACAACUUUCCCAACUCAAGAUAAGCAAAUACCCGAUUUAGUUACACUGUCAUUGCUGCCCAAGAGUCAAUGGCAAAGCUUGAUCAAUUUAGACAUUAUAAAGGUUCGCAAUAAACCUAUUGAGCCUCCUAAAAAACCUGAAAAGGCUCCAUUCUUCCUGCCUUCAGUUCCAUUGCUCUCGGAGGAAAUAUUGUUUGAGCUUGGUAAGGCAUUACUAGAGGAGAAGGAUGUAAAAGAUGAAGAAAAACAAAUGAACAAGGAAAGGUUCCAUACGCCAUAAUCCCGACAGUUGUAAGUAUCCAACAUUUCAUUCUUAUUUGCAUCUUGUAUGUUUGUUAAGUACAGUCAAUUAAUUAUUGUUGGAAAUGACGAUGCUUUAAUGAAAAUUUAUUGGAAAUAAUGAUGACAUAUAUGAGAGCUA